CCUUUCUUUCUUCCAUCCCCUCCCAUGGCCCCCACCAUCCGCCUCGUCCCGUCACGCCACCACCUCUUACCCCCUCACACCAUCGUGGCUUUCUGUGCUUGCGGGUGAAAAUUCGAGGAAGGGUGGUAGCAGACUGGCUGUAAGCUUUCCAUUGGACAGUUUGAGAGAGAGAGAGAGAGAGAGAGAGAGAAGACCCUUUUACAUUAUGAAAGUGUUUGACAAAAUUCUUGUUUCAUCGUUCCUUCCUUCUUGUCAACCCUAAUUUUGACUUGGAACGUGUUAUUUUCGAUUAAUUCUAUUCCACUGUUCUGAGAUUUGCUUGCGCAAGAAACCAGCUAUUGAUUGUAUGGAUAGUCUUGAAGUCUUCAACUCAUCAUUCCUAGAUGUUCCCGUAGAUUGUAUACAGAGAACAAAAUAAAGCUCUCUGAGAGGUGAGACCUGAGAGGAAGCAAAACAGAACGUGUCAUCACUCUCCAGGGAUCCAAUUUAUUUCUUUUUUUCUCCCAUUUGAAACUAAAUUCAAUUCCAUGGAACUCAAAUCACUUUCAUGGAGUCUCAGCAAAGUGAAGACUGAAAAGCGUGUCCUGAAACCGGAACUUUCUCUGCGAUUUCCACCCACUUUCUCUGCAAAGAAUACAAUACUCUCAUACUCAGUGUAAUUGCUGCCUCUAAUACUUUUUUAAGUAAUAUGAUCGUGGUCUUCACGGCUCCGACGAGCUUCCAUGAACCUUCGCUACAGUUAAUCAUCUCUACUUAUAGUUGCGUGCCUCAAUGAGUGGAGAGCAUUGGUUGGUAGUUUUAGUAAGGUGGUUUUUGGAUUCUGGCUGCUGUACUUGAUUCAGUUGUCAUUUCUUGGUUGUCUGAUGGUACCCAAAAGGGUUUCUCACGAGGAGAACGAUGGUUUAGAUGUUCCAGUUCAGGCAUCAAAGCGUCGUCAUACUCUCUCAAAUGUCGUCAGAGAGGUGAUGAAAGGAUUGUUCACUUCAAAGAUGGAACCUUUUCUGAGGAAAGUGAUACAAGAGGAGGUGGAACGUGGAAUUCUACUCUAUAUCAAAUCAUCCCCAAGCCCUUCCGUUGGCCGGAUUGAGGUCUCUGGAUCAAGAUGCUGGGAGUUGCAUCUUAAUGGUAGGUUGCCCGGUACGCUUUUCACAGACUGCAGAAUAGGAGGAGAGAAUGGUACACCCAUUCAAAUAGUUAUUCGUGACGCUAGUUCGAAGAGUUUUAUCACAUCUGGCCCUUUAUCAUCAGUAAAGGUAGAGAUUACCAUCCUUGAUGGUGAUUUUGGUACUGAUGAAAAUGAAGAUUGGACUGCAGAGGAAUUUCAUGCUAGUAUUGUACCUAAAAGAGAAGGAAAAAGGCCAUUGCUGACGGGGAAUCAAGUAGUUACACUGAGAAACGGAGUAUGUGAUCUUGUUGACAUUGCUGUUACAGAUAACUCCAGAUGGAGACGAAGUCGAAAAUUUAGAUUAGGGGCUAGAGUUAUCGGAAGUUUGAGUUCUGAAGAAAGAAUUAGAGAAGCAAGAAGUGAAGCUUUUAUUGUCAAAGACCACCGCGGAGAAUCAAAUAAGAAGCACUACCCUCCAUCCUUGGGUGACGAAGUAUGGCGUCUGGAAAAGAUUGCGAAAGAUGGUGCUUUUCAUAAGCGGCUUGCUUCUCGUGAAAUCACAACGGUGCAGGAUUUUCUGCGGCAUCUGAUAACUGCUCAAUCCUCUCUACGCAGUAUCCUUGGCAAUAGGAACCAAGACAAGACCUGGAAGACAAUCGUUGAUCAUGCGAAAACUUGUAUUUUAGAUAACAAGCUGUAUGUAUAUGAUAAUGUGGAGACACACGUUGGACUUAUGUUCAAUUCCAUUUAUGAGGUUGUUGGGGUAAAGUUUGAUGGCCACAACUAUCAGCCGCUGGAUGAACUUGCCGCAUCUCAGAGGAUUAUUGUGGAGCGUUUGAAGCAGAUUGCGUACAGAAACAAGGAGGACAUUAUCGAGUUCGGUGGACCUUUAAAUGAUGGUAAUUUCAGGCAAUUGCCCAGUCCACAAGCUGCCUCCUUGCAAGGAUCAAGCGAGGGUAUGCAGUGUCCUGACAUCCCAUUCAUUCUUCAAGAGCAACUCCCAAUGCAACCAGGCUUCAAUCAUUUGACAAACACAGCAGCAUCUGUUAUGGAAGAUCAUGUCGAAUUGGAAGAACUUUCUUUCACACAAGGUCUUCAUUCAGUGCAAGUAUGCACACCAACCCAAAGGAACAGCUUUAACAUGAGGGAUUUUGGCAUUGAACCUUAUGUGAGGGAUGGAAGCGAGUGGGGUCCAAGUGGGCCAUUGGUAUCUGUUGUGUCUGCUGGAAAUCUAGCAGGUGGAGACAUGUGUCAGUUGCAGUGGCAGGGUUCAUUUCCGGCUGAAACAUCAUGGGGGCAGGGGAGCGGAUGGUUUGUGGACUCGAGGGAUGAAGAAAGUGUGGGCUUUCUUUCUUCUCUGCCUGACUUCAGUGUACCGAAAAUGUGGUGGUUCAAGAUUAGGGCAGCUAUUUGGGGAAUUUCAGUUUGGAGGGAUGUUGCUAAGAGGGGGGCAAGACCUCUGCAGUUUUAUCACUGAUCAUCAUAAAAUUUAGUUGGUAAGGUCCGACUUUGUGAACUAUGUAGUUGCAGAUUUUCAUUUCCUGUAGUCCUGCUGUGCUGACUACCAAGUGCAUGGGCGGAAGUCCUCACAGAUGGCAGUUAUAUGUGGACACCAAAAAGGCAGGAUGGUCAUCUGUUAUCAUUUAUUGUGGCAGCAUAAAAAAUGAUGUUUUCAUGGAAAAUGGUUCAGCAGGAAGCGUGCAAGAAUAAGAAACCAGAGGGAUCAAGCAAGCAGUCCAGCGAGUUCUGGACUGGCUCUCAACGAAUGGUGCAUUGGCUAACCAACAAGCAGGAGUUCCACUGGCUCUCAACGAAUGUUAUUUGAUAUUGAAACUUUUAGCAGUCAUUUUCAGUUUGUUAUCUUUCUUUUAAAAUACAGAGAUUAGAUGUUGAAGUUGCUCCUGAAGUGCUCAUUAAUUGGUUACCUAGGCUAGGACAGAGAAAUCAUCAGGUUGCCCUACUGUAGGCCCAAACUUUGAACUUUGAGGAGUUUCCUUCUUUUAAUAAAUAAUUUUUUUUUUAUUAUAGAUAAAA